AUGACACGCCCUCGGCGUUCGUCGGCCACCAGCGACGAUAGCACCGGCACGGUGCGCGAGCAGGAACUGGGGAGCAUGUACGACUAUCUGGCAAAGGUCAUCCUGUUGGGGCCAAGCGGGACGGGCAAGUCUUGUCUUCUACAUCGUUUCGUCAAGAAUGAGUGGCGGGUCCUGUCGUCGCAAACUAUUGGCGUCGAGUUCGCGAGCAAGAUCAUCAAGGUCGGCACCGGCGCACGGCGGAAACGGAUAAAGUUACAGCUCUGGGACACAGCAGGAACCGAACGCUUCCGGUCCGUGUCACGGUCCUACUACCGCGGCGCGGCCGGCGCCAUUCUCAUCUACGACGUCACCUCCCAAACUUCCUUCCACAGCCUCCAGCCCUUUCUCAACGACGCCCGCGCCCUCGCUUCACCCAACCUCUCCCUCCUCCUCGUCGGUAACAAACUCGACCUCGCCGGCGACCCCCUCAUCGACACCACCCUACCCCCCUCCACCCCGGGCGGUGCCAGCAGCAUCAGCUCCGCCUCGGGCAUCCCAUCCCCCCACGGCGCUUCCCACGCCAACACCCCCGCGAUCCCAUCCUCCUACUCCUCGGUAUCCACCAUCCACCCAACCCUCGGCUCCCAACUCAAAGCCACCAUCGCCCCAGACGGCCGCGAAGUCUCCGCCGUCGAGGCCAGCCGUUGGGCCAGCACGGUACAAAUCCCCGUCACCAUGGAAGUCUCCGCCUUCAGCGGCGAAGGGGUCGACGAAGUAUUUGGACGGCUGGCCCGCAUGAUUUUGACCAAGAUUGAGCUGGGCGAGAUCGACCCGGAUGAUCCGAUGAGUGGGAUCCAGUAUGGCGACGCCGGAGGCAUGUGGAAUGGUGGGGCUAGUGAUGGGGGCAGUAUCAAGAGUACCAUGACUGGGGAGGAAGGAGGUAGUAGUGGUGGUGGAACGGGGGCUAGGAGGAGGCGGAAGGGGAGGAGGGGCGGGCAGGCGUUGAGGGAGUGGGAGGAGGUGUUUACAUUGUCGGGGAGGAGGCGGAACAGGGGGACCACAGCUCUCAUCAUGGCCCCUCGAGUCGUGAUUCCCCUUGACCAAAACUGGGAGUUCAAGCAAGCCGACAACCAAGGCUCCCGAUUCCUCCCAGUCAGCCAGUUCCCCACCAACGUCCACCUCGACCUGCAGCACCACGGCUUGAUCCCGGACCCGUACAUAGGCAAGAACGAGCUUGCCGUGCAAUGGGUCGGCGAAGCCCAAUGGACCUACCGGACCUCCUUUACCGUGCCGGCCCAGGCCGCGUUGGCGGGCCGUCAGGCGGUCAUUGCGUUUGACGGGCUGGAUACCUUUGCCACGGUGGUGCUGAAUGGGACGACGAUUCUCGAGUCGGAGAACAUGUUUCUGCCGGAGCGGGUGGAUGUGACGUCGGUGUUGAAGAAGGAAGGGAAGAAUGAACUGGUGAUCACGUUUGAUAGUGCGUAUCUCCGGGGGUGCAAGUUGGUGGAUCAGUACCCGGAUCAUAAGUGGGGGUGCUGGAACGGCGAUACCUCACGGCUCGCUGUGAGGAAAGCGCAGUAUCACUGGGGCUGGGACUGGGGCCCGACCCUGUUGACUUGCGGGCCGUGGCGUCCCAUAAACUUGGAAGUCUACGAGUCUCGUUUGGCCGACCUCUAUGCCAAUACCGUUAUCGACAAGUCGCUAAAGCGGGCCGACGUCAAGGUUACGGCCGUGGUCGAGAGCAAGGCGGACCAGGUGAGAUUCGAUGUGUCCCUGAACGGCAAACAGGUCGCGACCGAAACGGCCGGCGUGACUGGCGCCCAGGCCGUCAGCGUGUCCUUUCUCAUCGACAACCCGGCUCUGUGGUAUCCCAUUCGCUAUGGCAAGCAGCCGCUGUAUGAUAUCAAGGCGACAUUGCUGGUUGGUGGGGAGGAAAUCGACAGUCUCUCGAAGCGGAUCGGCCUCCGUCGGGCAGAGCUCAUCCAACGGCCGCUGAAAGACCAGCCGGGGACGUCCUUCUUCUUUGAGGUCAACAACAUUCCCAUUUACUGCGGUGGUAGUGACUGGAUCCCAGCCGAUAACUUUAUCCCUCGCAUCAGCCGGGAACGGUACUUCGAUUGGAUCAAACUCGUGGCAGACGGUAACCAGUUCAUGAUCCGUAUCUGGGGUGGUGGGAUCUACGAGGAACAGGCCUUCUACGACGCCUGUGACGAGCUCGGGAUCUUGGUCUGGCAGGACUUUAUGUUCGGGUGCGGCAACUAUCCAGCCUGGCCCGAACUGCGCGAGUCCAUUCACCGUGAGGCGACGGAGAACGUCAAACUGCUGCGGCACCACCCGUCGAUUGUCAUCUGGGCCGGUAACAACGAGGACUACCAGUACCAGGAAUCAGCCGGUCUCACAUACGACUACGCCAACAAGGAUGCCGAGAGCUGGCUGAAGACCGACUUCCCCGCGCGCUACAUCUACGAGAAGAUCCUGGCCGAUGUCUGCGCUGAGUUGGUUCCCAACACGUUUUACCACCCGGGCUCGCCCUGGGGUGCGGGCCGCGACACCCACGAUGCUACCGUCGGCGAUAUCCACCAGUGGAACGUGUGGCACGGCACGCAGGAAAAGUGGCAGAACUUUGACAAGCUCGUCGGCCGGUUUGUGUCGGAAUUCGGCAUGGAGGCUUUCCCCUCCGUCAAAACCAUCGACUCGUUUCUCCCGCUCGGCAAAGACGACCCGGACAGAUACCCCCAGUCCUCCACGGUCGACUUCCACAACAAAGCCGAAGGCCAUGAGCGCCGCAUUGCGCUGUACCUGGUGGAAAACCUCCGCUAUGCGCCCGACCCCCUGGAGCAUUUCGUCUACAGCACGCAACUAAUGCAAGGCGAAUGCCUCGCCUCCGCCUACCGUCUGUGGAAGCGUGAGUGGCGCGGCCCGGGCCGCGAGUACUGCGGCGGUGCGCUCGUUUGGCAGACCAACGACUGCUGGCCCGUCACAAGCUGGAGUAUCGCCGACUACUACCUACGCCCGAAGCUGGCGUAUUUCACCGUCAAGCGUGAGAUGGCGCCCGUCAGCAUCGGUAUCACGCGCCGCGUCCACUCGCACCCGCGCGACAAGCACACCCGGGUCAAUAUCGAUGUCAAGACGCAGAUCGAGGUCUGGGGGAGCAACCUCACGCUGGACAACCUGACCGUCGACUGCGUGCUCAAGGCAUGGGAUGUCAUCACGGGCGAGGAGACGUUCUCCCAAACCGUCGCGCCGGCUCUGUUGCUACCCGAGAACCGGUCAACCGAGAUCGUCGCGCUAGACGUGCCCGUGCGGGAGAAGGACGUCGGCGAGGAAGAUCGGAUUGUGGUGGCCGCGUACUUGUUCCAAAAGCAGGAGAACGGCGAACAAAAGCAGAUUGCGCGAUACGUCAACUGGCCGGAGCCGCUCAAGUAUGUGCAUUUGCAGAAACCCAAGGCGCUGCGGGCGGAACUCACGGCGGAUCUUUCGGGAGUUGAAAUCAGCGCGGAAGUUCCCGUCAAGGGCGUGGCACUGGAGAGUGAGGAUGACGGAGUGAGGUUUGAGGACAACUUGGUGGAUAUUGUGCCGGGGGAGGUGGUGCGGAUUGGGGUGAAGGGGGUGAGCAAGGAGAGCAAGAUUGAGACGAGGUAUUUGGGGAUGUUGUAG